UACAUUUGAUAGUAAUCGUGAUUGUGAGGUGUUGUCUUGAACAGAUUCAUAUCAUUCAAGAAGAGCCGUCACCUGCAAUUCUCACCAUUCUCCACCUGUUGCAGUGUCAUUGUCAUUGUCGCACACAAACUUCACGUUCUGCAUCAGCAUCAUCAUGCGGAUGCACGUGGUGACCAUCACUACCCUCCUGUCCCUCGCCUGCGCACAUGGCUCACACUCCCAUGAGGAAUCAGUAGACCCUGCUGAAGAUUGGGCUCUCUACCACAUGCAAGAAGAACACCACAUCUCGAACUUUGAUCCCGCCUCAUUCUUCUCCCUCCACGAUUUCAACAACGACGGCUACUGGACCCCUGACGAAAUCCGAAAAUCCUACGGCCUCGACGACGAGUCAUUACAGUCAGAACCAGCCGACAAAAAAGAUCAAGUUGUGCUCGAUGUCCUGAAGAUCUUCGAUGCAACUGGCACGGGGUUGAUUACUCGCGACGACUGGCUGCAAGGCAUUCGUGACGGGAAGAAACUGCCGGACUCUCAGAUGGGUCCUGGCCAUCAUGGAGACGACGAGUAUGAAUAUGAAAUUCAUCAUUUCGAAAAAUAUCAUGACGAGAACACCAAAGAGGAGGACUUGAUCCAUCCAGAGGAUAUUGAACAUUUUAGAAAACACGACUUGCGCGAGGAUGAAGAAUAUCGUAUCCUCAUGGAACAACAGAGUAAUAUCGUGGAGAGGAAUAUUCCGGCUAAGUUUAGGAGACAGUCGUAAUUGGGAUUUCAAGAUUCUAAGACUCCAGUGUAUUAUUACGAGAUGCAAAUGAGAACGAGAACGAGAACGAGAAUAAGAUGGGCAUCAUGAUUGUAUUUGAAUAUCAAAAACACAAUGCAUCACGCCAGG